CUGCACAGCCCACCACAAACAAGCUGCAACAGAAAAACAGAUUAGUCAAACCAGAAAUAGAGGCACCAAAAGACAGACCAAAAGAGAGAGAAUUAGGGGGAAAAAAAAAAAGAUACCGAAUGAAGUAGAAGGCAGCAAAAAGGAGAACUUGUAAAGCUGGUUAAAGCUUUGGGGACUUUGGUUCAAAAAGUGGGAUGAUGCGUGUCUGGCUGUGUUUUGCUUUGGUGGGUCUUUUCGGGGACGUGAGGGCCAGAGGCCCUUGUAGAAAAGGGAAGGAGACCCCCAUCGAUAAGAUUGCUCCAGUUGAGAACUUCAACAUCCAACAGAUGAGCGGAAAAUGGUACCUGGUGAGUGCGGCAUCAAAAUGCCAGUAUCUUCUGGAGAAUAGUUUCAGCGUGGAAGGCACUAUCAUAAAUUUGACACCCUCUAAAUCAACGCUAUCCGUGAGCACGCUGCGAAAAUUUAAUUAUCAGUGCUGGGAGAUCCGUCAAAUAUAUCAAGUCAGAAAACCUGCGGGACGUCUCUUUCUGAAGGGUCCUUAUUCAAAGAAGGAUGUCGAUAUUGUCAUUGGAGACACCGAUUAUAGCUCCUACGCUAUUGUGUAUUUUCAAAGGCAUUGCAGGAUCGCCAUGAAACUGUAUGGCAGGACUCCAGAGCUUCCUGAUGCUGUUGUGGACAAAUUUGAAGAACUUGCAAAGAAACAGAAUCUGGGAUUAGAUGUUGUUUUUCAGUUCCCCACCUAUGGGUUUUGUGAGUCUGCGGACAAAGACCAUACACUCGAUAUGACCUAAUGUCUAUACCAGCCUGUGUCAUCAUCGACAGAGGAGGAUGUUACAAUCUUGUAGCAGCCAAUGAAGUAAUAGGCUGAUUAGCCAUUCAGAGAUUAAAGUGCAGUCAAACACUA